GCGGCGUGCAGCGCGACGGCGGAGCUGGAAGGCCUCGCCGAGUACGAUGGUUGCUGCCCCUCGGUGCGCUCAGCCUUUCUUUCCAGGCCCGCCUCCCGCCUCCAGCCUCGAAUUUCCUUUUUUGCUCACAAUUUCCCCCGGCCCUCUGAGUGCGCUUUCUUUUUUCGGGAAGCGGGGAGUGGAGAAGGAGGAUACAAAAGGCUCCAGGUGCUAGGCAAAGAUGGAGGAAGGCUCCCAGGCCCCGGACUGGGACAGUGAUGAGACGGUGAUAGACGAGUCGGUGACGGAAAGUGACCUGGAAGAAGAGGAGCUGCCCUGGAGAAGGUUGCUCUUUGAUGAAGACACAUCUCUUAGAUCUGAGUUCAGUCUCCAUCCUGGUAUAAGUGGAAGGUGCAAAGGCAAACUUUCUCCUGAGAUUCAACUUGGGUUUAAACUGAGAGAUAAUCCCCAAGAGCAAGUGGGUAAAAAUAAGAUAAUGCCUCUUAAUGACAAGGCAGUCUUACAGCAACCUCAAGAUGAAAGGGAACAAAGUCAAGCUCUAUUCCAGCAUGGAAAAAGUUUUCCAGUGGUCACUGAGUCAUUUCCCCAGGCUGAACUUUCACUGAACCACCGAAGCAUUCAAGGGCCUGAGGCUGAAAAUCCUGAAAUUUUACCACACCCAGAAAAGACUCUAGAAGAUCCAAAUCCAUUUGGAUUGCAAACUUCAGUUCAUCACAAUGUCACCACUUGUGAUUCACUAUUAAAUAAUAAGGAAAAUUCACAAUCAUUGGAAAAUAGGUCUGACCAGGACACUCUGUGCGUGUUGAGGAGAUCAUCCAGACUGAAAGCAGGAAGAGAUGCAAAGCACACAGAUGACAUGUAUAAGAUGCCAGAAAAGAUUUUACAAAAGAUACUUGUCUGUGAGGAUCAAACAAAUAAGAAGUCCUCAACUAAGAAUUUCAGAAUGCAGGAUCCUGCUUUAAUGAUUAAAGGUAAAAGGAAGAAUAUGCAUUCAGCCAGACUCAAGAGUGGAAAACAGAUCAGAAAAAACAGAAAACUUGCUGGAAAAAAUGGAAAAAUGAAGAUGAAUGAAAUACCUCUUUCUAACAUUAACCGUAGAAACAUUUUUGGAGAGAACUUACUGUAUCAGGCUGCUCUGCACAAUGACCCUGACCUUGUUCAUCAUUUUAUAGUAAAAGGGGGAAAUGUUAAUCAACAAAGUUAUGCUGGUUGGACAGCACUUCAUGAAGCUAGUGUAGGAGGAUUUUAUCAGACAGCAAGUGAACUAUUAAAAGGUGGAGCCGAUGUAAAUAUCAAAGGAAUGUACCAGAUCACUCCCCUACACGAUGCUGUCAUAAAUGGACGUUAUCAGGUGGCAGCGUUACUUCUUUUGAAUGGAGCUGAUCCCUUACUUAGAAGUGACAAUGGAAAGUGUGCUUUGGAUGAGGCCAAAGAUUCACGUAUGAAGCGUCUCCUUGAGAAAUAUAUUCCUAAACACCAAAAACAUCUUACAUCAGCUCAAAAGAACAGCACUGACCUAUCAAACAUAGAGGAUGUACACCAGCACAAGAAACCAAAAUUCAGUUCUAAAAAUCUCAUUGGGUUUGUUUGUGAUGAAAAUUCCAACAGACAGAAAUCAGAAGAUGUAAAAGUUGAUAAAGGAAGCAAAGAAGGCUUAUUUAUAAAUAAAGAUGUAUAUGAACAUUACCGAAGACAUUCCAAAGACACAAAAUUUGGCAAAUCCAUGCAUAAGCAAUCAGCUCUUAACCAAAUACACUCUAUUAGAGGACUCAGAAAAGACAGUCUCCAGGAUAUCAAAGGUCCUAGCACAAAUGUGUCUAAAGCCAGAGGAAGAAGAAACACAUGGCAUAAAAGAACUCAAGUGGAUGAUGCAAAACAAGAAAGCAUUCCAAGAAAGACAGUCGCUGUUUCUUCUUCCAGAAGAAUAAGUAGAUUGGUCACUGGUCAACAAGAUAUUCUCCAAGGCUUUGCUGACCUUCCAGAAAAGUCACAUAAAGUUUUUAGCCUAGCUCCAUCAAGCCUGAAAAAUGAAUUAGGUAAUAGUAUGGAGGCUUGUUCAGUUCUCAAAGAGACACAUAUCCACAGCCUGGAUUUAUCAGAUAAUCAGGAAACAAAAUGCUUGGAAUCCACUCAUGGAGCUGAAGCUGUUUUUUUCUCAGGAUUUUCCUUACAGAAAGAAAUCAAGUUACCACUUGUUACUACACAUCAGCAGCCUGACACUCACCAAGAACAACAGCACAUUAGCCCUCCUCAUGAAAAUAGUAACUUGGGUCAAAAAGGUGAGAGCCUUAAUGAGUGGGAAAAUUCUUUCGCAUCCUUUAUAAAGGAAAAUCUUAGUGAUGAUGAUGAUUGCUAUAUCUCUGAGAAGACUAUAACACCUAAAAAAGUGGUAUGUUCUACGGGUUGCAAAAACCACUAUAAUUGUGAAGAGAAUAUAACAAAUAGAGAAGAAAUGGAUUUUCAACAGGUUUUCCCUUCUGAAGACCAUAUUUCACAGGAAAAUAAGUUAAAAGCUUGCAGUCUAACCAUAUUUCCACAACAGGAAGCUGUUGAUUUUUCUGAGUCAGAUAAUACAAUAGGUCCUGAACAACAUGUUGCAAAUUACGGACGAUGCACAUAUGAAACUUCUUUUGAUCAUUCACAUGGCAGUCCAGAGCUUUGUCCAGGAACAUUUUCAACACAGGGAACUUCAAAGUUGACUAGUCAUGUGGAGCUAUUCAAAAGGCCUCAAGAUCCUUUAAUGGAUCAAACAGAUACGCAUACUGUGGAAAAGGUAAAUGAAGGAGAAGACGCUAAAAGGGAUUACAACGAUGAAAGUCAAAAACCAAGUUCUUCCAAAGGGCCUUUGUCUGCAGUUGUUAAUUCUCAUGUAAUAGAAACAACUACAGUUGAAAAAAGGAAACAAGAUAUUCCAGAAAACAAAACCAUACAUAAUAUAAUUUUUUAUUCUGCCGACAAUAUUAAUAAGGAAUUGACCAAUGUCUCACAACUUAGACAAAAAGAAGAGAAAGAAAUGUCUCAUAUGCCAGGUGAGAAAUUAACUAAUAUCAAUGGAGAUGAAAACUCUGUGAGAAACGUUGAGAAAAAAGAAAAAACAGAUUCUGAAAUUCACAUGUCUACUGGUAUCCAGAAACACAAAAAAGUCCGGAAUUUGAGAAAAAGACAAAAUUUCUUGAAAGCUACCUGCAGCCAAGAAAUGAAAACAGCUGGAAUCAAUAAGAGGCAUGCCAGAAGGGAAAGCCGGCUUCAUUUGGCAGCCACAAGAGGAAAUUUGUCUCUGGUGAAGGCUCUAAUAGAAUCUGGAGCAGAUGUGAAUGUAAAAGAUAAUGCAGGUUGGACACCACUCCAUGAGGCAUCUAGUAAGGGAUCUAAUGAUAUAAUUGUAGAGUUGUUAAAAGCUGGUGCUAAUGUUAAUUGUGAAAAUCUAGGUGGGAUUCUGCCCUUACAUGAUGCUGCCUCCAGCAGUCAUUUAAAGGCAGCUGAGAUUCUACUACAACAUGGAGCAAACCCAAAUCAAAAGAAUCAAAAGCAAAAUACUGCUUUGGAUGAAGCAGAUGAUGAAAAAACGAAAGAGCUGCUGAAAUCUUAUGAUGCUGUUAAGACUGAUAAUAGAGACGAAAGUAAUGCUACAGUCACUGUCAAAAUUCCUGCUGCCCGACCAAAAAGACAUAAACAGUGUUUUAGUGACGACUGCAAAAGUGUUGAUCCACCUUUUCUUUCACACAGAGAAAAAACAAGAGAAAGCCAUCCUGUGCAUCAUACCAUCAGUGCCAUUCUACAAGACAUAGAAGAAAAACAAGAAAAUUUACUAGAAUUUGAAAUAAGAACCCCUGAAGAUGCAGAACAAUACAUUGAAAAGAUGUUAGAGAUAAAAGAGGUUAUGGAUAAUGUGCUUGCCAAACAGAAGGCAGAAAGGGAUGAUCUGGCUAAAAAAUACAGAGUGUCCAUAGAAUCAUUUAAGCAAGGAGUCCUCAGAGAACAACUGGCUAAUUUGGCCACAAGACAGAAGAGCCUUUUAGUUGUGGCAAAAAAACAGAAAAAAAUUAGCCAGAAAAUUCAAAACUAUAAAAACAUUACAUCUGCGUCUGGUCCUGGUUUGAAGAGGCUGCCAUCCAGCUCAGAAAUCUCUAGUGAAAAGGACAGCCAAAGGCUUACCAGUCUGGGAAAUUCAGUGCAGCCCCAUUCAGGUUCAUGUUCUCCUGUCAGCCUUAUUUGUGGAAGCAUACAGGAAACACAGUCAUCUCUGGAAAUGUGGAAUGGCAGCCAAAAUACCAACACUUGUGUAAAUUUAGAGACAGUGAGAAGGGAAGAAUUUUUUGGAAAUGAGCUGAAUUCUAAACAGAAUGUCAAUGACUGUACCUUGGAUGGGUUAUCAAAAUCCAGACAUUCAGAUGGCACUAAGAAGAUUAAAUUACCAUCCCAGCCUGUUGCUUUUCUUGCUCAAGCAGAAUAUUCACAAAAAGAAAAUGAUCUUACAGAAACUCCAGCCAAAGGGAAUGAAUCUUACAGUAGUCCUUCAGCAGUAACUGGCACAUUAAAUAUUUCAGAGACUACAAGCAGACUUGCCGAAAAUGAUGCCCAUCUAUCAACUGUUAUUUGCGAUCAGGCUCCUACCAAUUGUGAUCCGAAAAGAGGAAACAGGAAAAUAGCUUCCCAGCAGCCACCUAGGGGGACAUUAGAAUUCUCGGCACACCAAGGGACUGAUGCCUUAGGCAGUACUACUGGGCAUCAGAUGAAAUCAUAUCUUAAAAAAUCAGUUUUUCCUGUUCCCCAUGCUCAUGAUGGUGAGAGCUCCUAUUCCUUGGGAUCUGGCCGUCAACAUAUUAUAAAAAAGCCUUUAAACAAUAGCACAGCUCCCAGAAAGAAAUGUAUGCAGAUAAAAGAUCUGAUAUUACUAGGAAGAAUUAAUCCAGGAAAUAACAUUCUGGAAUUCAAAACACAGGAGACUACUCACAAAGCCAGUGUUUUAUUGAGUGGUAAAAUUAAGGUAGAAAAUGGUCAGAUUUAUCAAAAUCCAGUCACCUGGCUCAAGGAUCUUCUAGGAGACGACAGUUACGUGACUUGGAAUUAUGCUUGGAGUAAGGUAACAUAUCUGGGGAAAGAGCUUGUAAAGUAUGUUUCUGAGGAAAUACCCGUACCCUCAGAGCCAAACAUGGCGCCUCAGCAACAUCAACCUUGUCUUCCAGGAACUUCCAGAGAGUCAAUGCAAAGCAUCCCACAUUAUCUACAAAUAAAAGAAGUUCUAUUAAUCAGCGAUCAAGAAUUUCUCCCAUGCCAUAUAAUGGAUCAACAUUGGAAGUUCUAUGUGGAAUGCGAAGAGCUAACAUUCUAAAACCUUGUUUUCUUAAUAAUUUAAUAGGUAUUUGUUCAUAUUAUUAAGCCACAUUCAUAUUUUAUCUUAUAUGGGCGCGAGGGCCUAUUUUAAUACACGCUUUAUGAGUUGCUACUUAAGAUGUGUGUUUACUAUUGUAAGAAAAAAUAGAACUCAAACUACUGUAGUUAGAUAAAAUACUUUUUUGCCAUUGUAAUAAAGGCGUUUUUGAAUUAAA